GAUUUUUUGCAGAGGUGCAGAAUAAUGGAGGCAUAAGAUCCUAGCCUCGAACAAUCCUGUGCCUGUGGAGGUAGCAGAGAGCUAUUAGCCUUGUGCUGGCCAUAGGAGACAUUUCCAGGGUGGAGGGAGUCCGUGUUGCUUCCCAGCAACCUCUUUCUACCACUAGGACUUAGGGUCACCAAACACAACCCUCCAGGUGCACGUGCUCUGCCUUAGCUUGGGCUACUUCCUCUUUGACCUGGGCUGGUGCGUAUACUUCCAGGCAGAGGGGGCACUGAUGCUGGCCCAUCACACGGUGAGCAUCUUGGGAAUCGCGGUGUCUCUGUCCCUGGGUGAGUCGGCCGCUGAAGUCAACGCCGUCCUCUUCGGCAGCGAGAUCACCAACCCGUUGCUGCAGGCCCGCUGGUUCCUGCGGGAGACAGGACUGUACCACAGCUUCACGGGGGACGUGGUGGAUUUCUUCUUCGUGGCCCUCUUCACGGGCGUGCGGAUCGGGGUCGGGGCCUGGCUGAUGUACUGCGAACUUGUGUCACCCACACCCAGGUGGUUCAUCAAGGUGGGAGGAGUGAUCAUGUAUGUGGUUUCCUGGGUUUUCAUGGUCAGCAUUUGCCGCUUUGCUAGGAGGAAAAGCAUGAAGAAAUACCAUGCCUGGCGAAGCAGGAGGAGCGAGGAGCUGUACUCGGAAAAAAAUGGUCAUCUGAAGAGUCAUUAAGCAUCGGGACUUCCAAGUUCAUUGCUGGGAUAAUGCUGUGGAUGCCGUAGGUGCAGUAGGUCUGGGGUACAGUACCUGGAAGAGACUGGAUCAGAGGGGUGUAUGUAGAUGUACAGCAAGCUUUGUGAGUCAGGAAAGGGCUUAAUUUACAAUUAAAGCUGCAGCAUAGAUAUAAAUAAUGGAAUUAGUGGCUGCCUCCUUCAGCAUUAACAUAAUCUUGAAGGAGAUAAGAUCUAGCACUAGAUCUCAAUGUACUGUCCGGUGCAGGCACCUAGUGUGGCUCCGAUUCCCUGUUCCGAAGAGGUGUGGUCCAGUGGUUGGUGUAGGCAAAGUAGGAGUCAGGAUUCCUGGCUCCCUGCCACGGACUCUCAACUUAGCUCUUUUCAUGCCUCAAUCCCCUCGUCUGUAAAAUGGGAAUAAUGAGGCCAAACCACCUCUGUCAAGCACUUUCAGUUCCUUGGAUGAAAGGGAUUCUAUACAUGCAAAAUGUAGUACAGGUUGAACCUCUCUAGUCCGAUGCCCUUGGGACCCGACCAAUGCUGAACCAGAGAAUUUGCCGAAUUGCAGGAGAUCAGUAUUGUCUAGCAGCAUUACCAA